AACGCCCUUGCUAGGUAUUUUCGGCAUCCACAUGCCUGUAAUGUACGGGGAGAAGCAUAACGCCUUCGUGCGGCUUCAGAAGGAGAUCAUGGCACUUACCGACGACCUCUCACUCUUUGACUGGUUGGGAGAGUCAUCGACCCUCCACAGUUACUUUGCUGCCCAUCCGAGGUGCUUUAUGGCCCCGUCCUAUGACGCUCGACAGGACUCUGCUUCAUCGAAAUUCGAAUUCAGGUUGCUCAAAACUUCGAAGCGUAUCACCAGUAGCUUGUCUUCUUCAGCUCUCAAGCUUGUCAAGGACGUUUUGAGCAACCCACCUCACGGACGUUUCAUUGCGAAUGGGAGAAUGAGUAUGCCCUUUUUCGUUCACGAAGUGGUCACCCUUAUCCCAAACCAAAACAUGCCCGGAGUCUUCAGCUAUCUCGUCAAAGCUGAGGGCCUUUCGGAGCUCGAGGUCACCGUCACGCGGCAGCUAGCUCCUUUAUAUGGAAAGAAACUAGCUAUCAAAUACCGCAUCGUGCGAAUGUGGGAAGCGAGUCUUAUUCAACGUCAGGGAAGCACAGACGCCGAGGCUCCUGAUGCCCUGACCGUUGACAGCCCUGGUUCUCCGGAGCCGCCCACAACAGAGGGCUCCCCGAAGCAGGAAAAGGACAAGGAAAAGGACAAAGAAAAAGAGAAGGACAAGGGCAAGGACAAGGACAAGGAAAAAGAGAAGGAAAAGGACAAGGACAAGGAAAGUUGGGUCGGCAGAUCCAAGGAACUCGUCACCGACUUUGUGGCCGACAUGGUCACCCACAGUACCGCCGCUGCAUUGAUUCGGAGGAUGCAAGAACCGUUUAUUGCUCAACUUCUUUGUUCGCCUGGUGAUAAGCAGCCUUGGCGGAGGGUUGGAACCACCACUCGUAUCCUCGCCCAUGCGUCUUCUGGGUCCGUUAAUUUUAGGGCUCUUGAAAAUGUCAUCGUGCACUAAAUCUUCACGCCUUGUCGUUGCUCGCUAGCACUUACAUAGCUUUAUUGUACCCAUGUUUACAGCUGCGAUUACGAACCCCACAUUAUGAUUGAUGAAUUCCUAUGAUGUUGUCAACGAAGUAUGAAUGUAUGAAGCUGGUCAACGAACGCCGAAAAGAUUCAAAGAACGAACUUGAACUGAAAUUGCAUCUCAACUUUAAAAUCACACCACCAAAAAAGUACCGUGCAUGGCGCUGUAGCGAUGUCUCAAUCUCAACUUGCUGUCAUAGGCUCUAUUUGGUUGGCGAUUCAUUGGGAUCGAAAUGUCGCCAGGUAGUUCUCUUGCGGGGUGUCCGAUGUGACAAGUUGAAAGAACUAGACGAGAAGACCAAAAGGAUAGUGGAGAAAG